AUGGACAACUGUGAUUUGGAGAAGCUUUCCGUCUCCUGUGGGAAUCUACAGCCAGCUUUCACUCCAGAAGUCACAGAUUACAAAAUGACAGUGGAGAGCAAUGUCAACAAAGUGAUUCUGGACCUGAUUACUAGUGAUUGUGGGGCUUCAUACAGUGUUCUCUUUGGUGACGGCUCCAGCACCAUUAAACUCAAUGAUGGGUUGAACAGGGUAGAGAUUGAGGUGGUAGCUGAAGAUGGUACUAUAAAGAAAUACUGUGUGGAAAUCACUAAGCUCUCUGCAAAGAUUGCAGAGCUCAGUCAUCUGGCUUUGGAAGGAGAUUUCCCUCUUCAUCCUGCAUUUUGUCCUAAAAUCUAUGAAUACAAUAGUGUUGUCACCUUUCAUUGUAAUGCUGUGACCCUGAUUCCUAAGGUGCCAGACAAAAACAUAAAAGUUACAGUGAAUGGGGCAGACAGCUCACAACCAGUCCCACUGAAUUUUGGAGACACUGUGGUGGAGAUCACAGUUUGUUCAGCAGAUGGCAGUAAUUCACAGGUGUACACAGUGUUGGUGACUCGAGAGCUUAUUCCCAUGGCUGUGACCUUCACUGAUGGGAAACAGCAGCUGGACUAUGAAUGUCCAGUAUCCCUGAGUGCUUUUUAUAGGCCUGUAUCUAUCAACCACAGUGACCCAAAGCACAUCUUCUCGAGGCCUUAUAUCGAGAUGCUGGCACGAAGAUCGAAAGUGGACCCACUUAGUGAUUGUCCUCUGGGAGACGCCUGGAAGGUCACUGAAGUGGACCUUGACAGGAGGAUGUCUGCUGCUCUGAUCAAGUGCUUCUUUAAUUACCGAGGAUGUGAAAGUGUGAUGAAACUGUCUGAGCUGGGGUCACACUCUCUGGACUGUCCACAGAAGCCCACAGGGGACCUGGAUGCAAAGGAUGUCACAGAGACGACUUGGUAUAAGAAGCACUUUGCAUCAUCCAAUUGCUUGGAAAUAGAGACUAAACACAUUUCGGAGGUGCGUAACUGGGAGAAAAGACUACAGAUGACAGCAGGAGAAGACGAUGUGGAUAAGCUGUGUUCUUUGGCCCAGGAUCACCUGAAACUCUACCGGCAAUGCUUGCCAAAACCAGGGGACAUUUUGCAGUAUGAGGACAAGCAGUCUCCUCUUCAUAGCCUGGAACAAGCUGCUGUCUACUAUGCAUCAGCUAUCAGACUCAGCUCCAGAGAUGCCAGACUCCACUUCCUCCUGGGGCUCGUUCUAGAGGAGCAGCACUACGCUACAGAGAUGUACGGCCUCCAGAAGAAGGUUGACAAGGACAGAGAUGAAUUAAGCGAUGCUAAAUCAACAGCGCGUCAGGAUGACAUCCUGGCUGUGUGUAAACUCCACGGUUUCCUCGGCACUCCCACCACAGAGAACCAGCUUCAGGCCUUGGAUAAAGAGUAUCAGCAGCUGAGAGAGCAGGGCCAGUCCAGCAAAGCAGAUUAUGUUCAAACACUCUACAUUUGGCUCUCCAAGAAAACUGGCAAGGACAGCGGUGCAGCUGUGCGGGAUGAGGAGAACUGCGUCCACCGGGCCCUGAUGAAAUACCUGGACGCCUGGUCUCUGAGUCCAGACAGCUGGGAGUAUAACCUCCAUGUAGGAAGGCUGCUGCUGCUGCAGGGAAGGAGCAGGGAAGCCCUUCAGCAUCUCCAGAGCGGCCUAGCAUUACGCCCCCUACAUCCGACACUCAGGUUCUUCACAGGGCUGGCUCUGCUGCAGCAGGAGCAAAAAGUCUCCGAGGACACAGAGAAGGAGGCUGCUCUGUUCUUACAACAGGGACUGGAGCACUUUAUCAGCCAGCGCUGCAACAGGAGCUGGGUGGAGCAGGAUCCAUCAGACCCUCUAUCCAGCUUCAGCACACAGUUCCUGCGAGGCCUCCUCACUCUGGGCCAGCUGCAGCAGAGGAACACGCUGGCAGGGAAGGCCAUGAGUGCUGAACAAGUCUAUCACACUGUAGCCGUGCUGACUGCCCAGAGUGUGAGUCGGUGUGUGUGUCGUGGUGAGGUGAGCGGGCAGCUGGAGUGGGUGCUGCUGGAUGCUCACUUUGCCCUGCUGCAGAGGCUGAUCCAGCAGAGUGAGUGCCAGGCCAAGACUGGCAUUGAGAAGCAGUCUCUGGUGGCAAAGAGAUGCCAGGCCCUCACAGCUCUUAUACGCCUCACCUCUAUCGCCCCCUGUCAGGAGCUGCUGGACAUGCAGGAGAAGGUAUGCCAGCUUGCGGUAGUGACCACGCCUCGAGACAGUCACGCCUUGUGUCUCCUGGGUUUGGCACAGCUGGCUCAAUAUGAUAACAAUCCAAAUUCGGACAGGUCAAAGGUCGCCAUAGCUGAUGCCUGCCUCAGCUUCCAGGCCAGCAUUGAGUUAGAAAACAGAAGUCAGAGCGGAGAGCCUCCUGAACAGUUAAGCAAACAAAAUUGGUGGCAGACUCGACUGGAGGCUGAAAACAAGAUAGCCGCCAAGCAGUCCAUCACCCCACGAGCGGGAAUGAAGGGGCCUUCUGACACCAGUGCGGCUAAGAGAGGAGCUAAGCAAGGUCAGGGAGGGCCUGGUCAAGGGCGGGCGGCAGUAGCUGUAUCCAAAGCUCCUGCUUCGCUGGCCCCCAUUAGGGGAGGGAAAGCUGCCCGGCCUCCAGCCAAAACCCCAGCAGCCAGGGGUAGAGCUGGAGCAGCAGCAAAGCCAGACAGAUCAGCCAAACCUUCCAACAACAGUAUUAAACCCCAGCUCCCUUCCAGCAAGUCUAAACAGGACUGUUGUUCCAAUACUGUUGAGACAACAGAGGAGCCUGCUGUGGCAGACAGAGUCAGUGCGUCCAGACCAGUGAACCGCAGGUCUCACAUCUCACGGCUGGGUCUGGCCCGCGCCCUCUCCCGCUCUGUAGAGGCCCAGGACCAGGCAAAGCAGCUCUACCAGGAGGUCAUCUCCAUGGCACCAGGGGUCCAUGAUGCAUACAUCGAGCUUGUGCAGCUGCUGGAGCCGUCGGACCCUCAGGCUGCAGUGGAGGUGUACUGCAGUUUCCCUCUGAAGCCUGUGGCUGAACAAAGCUUCGACGACGCCUUCAUCACAGGAGAGAUCGUCCGCAUGCUGAUGAUGCUGGAGCUGUAUGACCACCCGCAGCUGGGCCCCAACCUCGUAGCAUAUGGCAAAGUCAUGGGCCUAAGUUGCAUUGAGAAAUAUAUCGACAUCUUGGAUGGAAAGUCCAUGACUAAGCUGCUGAAGAGCGUUUACGCGAGGAUCCAUGACAGACAAGAAGAUGAUGAGGAUCUACAGGACUUCUUCAAGUUCAAAUGCUGGAUAUGAUCAUUCUGGUAACUCGGUACUGAAUAGCUGUAUUAAUCUUUUUGAAUCCUUGAGUGAGUCACAGUUUAACAUGUUUGGUUUCUCUGUACCAAAAAUACUUUUCUGUCUUUUCUUUUCUUCUUCUGUCCUCUGCUGGUAAGACAGUUCCUAUGCUUACAUACACGGUUCUUUGCUCGACUUUACUUGUUAUAAAAAACUUGAGACAA